AACUGAACCGACUCACAGACGAAUCGAGUAUCGUUCCCGACACUGAUACACUGGAGCGGCGAUGAGCGGGACAGCGAGGCAAUGCUGAGGAAGCGCUGGAUUCAGUACAGAAACAUCACGUUUGCUUUAUAUUGUCUUUACGCGAAAUGAACGUGUUUGUAGGGACGAAUAAGUAGAGCCCUAUUGCUUUAUUUCCGCGGGUUGUUUUCUUAUCUGAAACAAAAGGAGUUUUCUGUCUCGUCCUAACUUCGGUUAAGAAGAAUUCUUCGAGGAGGUGUGACAUUGAGAGAGAGAGAGAGAGAGAGAGAGAGAUAUACUCCAUCCACUGAAGACAGAAGUGAUGCUCGUCUGAGAGUGACAUCAUCCCUGUGAGUGACUGAAGCAGUGACGGAACCCGGCCAUAAUGUUUUUCUUCAUGAGGCUAUUUAUCAUUGUGAACAUCUUCACUGCUUCACAUGCUGCAGUUGCUCUGAGCCCUUUAAAUGGCUGGCCUGGUGUGUAUCAGGAUCUGCAGUGGAGAGUUCAGCUGUGCUGUGCACUGACCUCCAAUGGAAAAGCCAGCAUUUAUAAUCAGAGCCUUAGUCACGUCAGCAGCCUUCACCAGUAUCAGUGCCGCAUCCAAAACUCCACACACACCAGAGAUGAUUCCAGUUUAGCUCAAGCUGUCUCUGAAAACAUCAGUUUGGACGUCUCUUGCCAGCUCGAAGACAAACAAGCAAAUUUAAUUUGUCUUCUAAAUCUCCAAAGAACAACAGCUACAAACACCAGUCAUCUGAUUAUUAGCUUGCGGCGAGUAAUACUGGAGCGGGAUCCCCUGUCAGAUGAAACGAACAUGACUACUCAUGUGCAGUGUCCUGGUGAAGAUGAGAUCACAUGCUUCUUUGCCCUUCAUUCCAACGAUGCCUCUGUGUUAUUGUCUGUUAGUGGAUUUGUCAGCGGUCGUCCUUUACUGACACCCGAGAUGUGCAUCAGCAUUGACCUGCUGCGGAAGCCAGACGCACCAUUUCAUCUGCGUUAUAAUGUAACUACUGAGGGUGAAGUGAUGAUCGCCUGGAAUGACUCACAAAAUAAUAAGCUUCCACUUUAUUAUGAGCUCCGCUAUUCACCCAACACUUCCCUCGCACACUGGGAGGUGCUUAAUGUCCACCAUCCAUGGGUGUCUUUGAGUGACCUCACUUCCGGGGUCAGAUAUACAGUUCAGGUACGCUGCAAGAGUCUUCAUCACCUUCACUACUGGAGCGAGUGGAGCAACUGGAGCCAGCCCUUCCUCCUCACACUUGACGUGAGCUACAUCCCUGCCGAAGUGUACACCAGGCCUGGAGCAGAUGUAACAGUGUAUGGUGUGUUUCACAACCACAGCUGGAAUGCCAGUAAGGCUGUGUGGAUGCUGAAUGGCCAGAUGCUUCCAGAAAGCCUAUACCGGAUGAUCAACAAAAGAGUCAGCGCAGUCACUAUUACGUCGAAAGAGCCUGGAUUUGAUACGCUUAUGUGCUGUUACCCGUGGGGAGAGAGAUAUAAGUGCAGCAUUGCCUACACCAAGGUCUACGUAGAAGGAUUCUUUGAUGCGAAUAUAACUUGUCAAACUGAUCAGCGUUCCAGAGAUUCAAUGACCUGUAAAUGGAAUAAGAGUGCGUGGGCUGUGAUACGCUUCGUGUACAGACAUUAUAAGCAAACGUGUCAGGAGAUACAACAAGAGGAAGGAACCCUAACACAAGCACAAGGAGAAACCAUGGCUGAUGUUGAGGAGUGCCCAGAUGGAGCUGGAGAUUAUCGUGAGUGCACCCUGCGAGACCUAAACCUGUUCUCCUGCUAUAAGCUAUGGCUAGUGGUGGAGGACGGAUAUAACAAAGUGAGGUCACGUCCCGUCUUUGUCUCACCUGUAGACUAUGUAAAACCGUCUCCACCCUCAGACCUGCAAGCAGUGACUUUACCCAACAAAACAUUAAGUGUCACCUGGAAACGUCCUCACCUGCCUGCUUAUGAUCUGCAAUAUGAGCUACGCUAUGUACCUAGGCAUGGGUUGGCAGAUUUCCAGUGGAAGGUGUUUGGCCCUCUCUUUGAUUCACAGGCAACAAUUCUGCCACUGGACCCAUGCAUACAGUACAAGGUUGAGGUUCGCUGCAGAAGGCUUAAUGGCUUGGGUUACUGGAGUGACUGGAGCGAUUCUCAUGUUUCCUCCGUUUAUUAUGUUAAAGCACCAGAGAUGGGGCCAGACUUCUGGCGAAUUAUACAAGAGACUCGUGAAAGUUACGCAAAUGUAACUCUGCUCUUUAAGCCACUUCCAGAAGUGGAACCAGCCAGCUGUGUGCAGGGACUUGUAGUUGUGCACCAGACUUCAGAGGGCAACAAGUGGUCAGAUGACAUCAUUGCCCCAAGCUCAUUUUACACAUUCCAGUGGAGAAAGGAAUUCCAUAACAUCACUGUCAUGUCUCGUAAUUCUUUAGGCUUCUCAGCCAAGAAUAGUAACAUGACUCUGGUGCGUCAGCCUAAACGGCAGUGUGUGCGUUGGUUCGAUGUCACAGCCAAUGCAUCAUGUGUGUUUCUGUCCUGGAGCCUGGUGAGUGAGCAGCCGUUGCUCCUUUCCUUCGUCCUUGAGUGGCAGGAGCUGAGCGGUGAUUCUAGCCAGGGCUGGACAUCAGCCGGAAAAGUACAGUGGCUCAGAGUCGCCUCCACCGCCAGGGAUCUUCAGCUGUGCAGGCCUUUUUUUGGCACAGAGGAGUUUAAACUGUUCCCUGUGUUUGUGGAUGGUGAAGGGGAGCCAGUGAAAUGCACAGCUGUGCGAAGUGACCCUGCAGCUUACAUGCUUCUCAUGAUCAUCGCCUUCCUCUUUGUCGUCCUGUUUGUCACUUUGAUCAUCUCGCAAAACCAAUUGAAGAAGCUGAUGUGGAAGGACGUCCCAAAUCCCAACAACUGCUCUUGGGCCAAGGGGAUAGAUUUCAAAAAGAUGGAUGCCAACUUAUUCGGUCAUCAGGAGGGCCUUACAGCUUGUCCGCUUCUGUCAAUGUCUGAAAAUUUGUGCGAAGUGGAGAUUGUUGAGAAACUUUUUAUUCUGGAAGAAGACCAUGAAGAGAAGGCACUCCUUCACCAUUCAGUUGAUACUGAAGCCCAAAGCAACAAUCUCUCAUCCAUAGAAGGAUCAUUAGAUCCUCUUUCUCUCGAUACGCCCACUGUAGCUGCAAGCCCUGACACGUCAGGCCAGUCAUCUGUAACAUACUCAACCAUCCUGGUGUUUGAUCAGCCUGUCCUCCAGAGAAAGCAGCAGGAGAGCCUGAGCAGCUCCAGCGACGAAGGCAACUUCUCUGCCAAUAACUCAGACAUCUCCGGCUCUUUCCCUGGAGGCCUCUGUGAGCUGGAAAGCCAUUCCUCUUCUGAAGGCGUCAAUCCUCGAAACUCUUGCUCCUACAACUCAGUGGAGGAGUUUUCUGAAACGUCAGAACAAGAGGAUGAAGCAUCAGAGAGCACACAAGUGUCCAAAGAACUCUACUACAUGGGAAUGAAUGAACAGGGAGAAGGUGAUGAGCUGGUGGAGGAGUUUAAGGAGGACGAUGGAACAGAGGAGCAGAUUUCAGAUUCCAGUCCUGAGCUGAAAUUGAAAAGCAGCGAUUCAGACGUUCCUCUCUAUCUGCCCCAAUACCGGACUGCAGCCAUUAAACUCCUGAGAGAGACUGCAGGCGAGAGCAUCAUCCAGCUGUGAUCUGAAGAAUCAGCUCUACCUUCUGGAAACUAAUUGUAUAUCACUUUUCUGUGAUUCGUUCAUAUUAUGUCUCUUUUACCUUACAAUAAGAGAAAGAACACUGAAGGAAACAAGCCAGAGUUGCUUUGGCACUGUGCCAAGAUGAAACAUUUCCUGUUAUCAGAGCACAGUCUGACUGUGAACGUCAACUGACGGGUUAAAUGUCAUCCUGUUAUUGCUACAACUUGCUGCUUAACAUCCUAGUCACACGGGAUGUUCGAGAAGGGAAAUGAAGCUGGCUGAUAUGCUGUAAGAGGUAGUAUAUAUACACUAUAUUGCCAAAAGUAUUCGCUCACCUGCCUUGACUCGCAUAUGAACUUAAGUGACAUCCCAUUCCUAAUCCAUAGGGUUCAAUAUGACGUCGGUCCACCCUUUACAGCUAUAACAGCUUCAACUCUUCUGGGAAGGCUGUCCACAAGGUUUAGGAGUGUGUUUAUGGGAAUUUUUGACCAUUCUUCCAGAAGCGCAUUUGUGAGGUCACACACUGAUGUUGGACGAGAAGGCCUGGCUCUCAGUCUCCGCUCUAAUUCAUCCCAAAGGUGUUCUAUUGGGUUGAGGUCAGGACUCUGUGCAGGCCAGUCAAGUUCAUCCACACCAGACUCUGUCAUCCAUGUCUUUAUGGACCUUGCUUUGUGCACUGGUGCACAGUCAUGUUGGAAGAGGAAGGGGCCAGCUCCAAACUGUUCCCACAAAGUUGGGAGCAUGGAAUUGUCCAAAAUGUCUUGGUAUGCUGAAGCAUUCAGAGUUCCUUUCACUGGAACUAAGGGGCCAAGCCCAGCUCCUGAAAAACCACCCCACACCAUAAUCCCCCCUCCACCAAACUUUACACUUGGCACAAUGCAGUCAGACAAGUACCGUUCUCCUGGCAACCGCCAAACCCAGACUCAUCCAUCAGAUUGCCAGAUGGAGAAGCGCGAUUCGUCACUCCAGAGAACGCGUCUCCACUGCUCUAGAGUCCAGUGGCGGCGUGCUUUACACCACUGCAUCCGACGCUUUGCAUUGCACUUGGUGAUGUAUGGCUUGGAUGCAGCUGCUUGGCCAUGGAAACCCAUUCCAUGAAGCUCUCUGCGCACUGUUCUUGAGCUAAUCUGAAGGCCACAUGAAGUUUGGAGGUCUGUAGCGAUUGACUCUGCAGAAAGUUGGCGACCUCUUCGCACUAUGUGCCUCAGCAUCCGCUGACCCCGCUCCGUCAGUUUACGUGGCCUACCACUUCAUGGCUGAGUUGCUGUCGUUCCCAAACACUUCCACGUUCUUAUAAUACAGCUGACAGUUGACUGUGGAAUAUUUAGGAGCGAGGAAAUUUCAUGACUGGAUUUGUUGCACAGGUGGCAUCCUAUCACAGUUCCACGCUGGAAUUCACUGAGCUCCUGAGAGCGACCCAUUCUUUCACAAAUGUUUGUAAAAACAGUCUGCAUGCCUAGGUGCUUGAUUUUAUACACCUGUGGCCAUGGAAGUGAUUGGAACACCUGAUUCUGAUUAUUUGGAUGGGUGAGCAAAUACUUUUGGCAAUAUAGUGUAUGUGUCGGUGCCAGGGAAAAACCUUUCACUUUGACAAAUUUGGAAACCACAGGCUUCACUGAACUGAAUUGUUUUGCAUGUAUCUUAACAUGUUCUAUCAUUAUUUUUAAAUGAAUAUUCACAGUCAAGAUAAAAAGGAGAAUUGCAUUUAAACACUUCAUUCUAACUCCACUGGAAGAUGCCAUACCUACCUCUAUAUGAAAAAAACAGCAACAGCAUAAUAAUUGGAGGAAAUUGGAGGAAAAAAAAAACAGAAAUGACUCAGCAUCAUGAUUUUUCAGCAUCGUCCGUCAUUUUCUGCUUCAUUACCUGAGGUAAAAAAAAAAAAAAUCACUCGUAGCAUUUAAAGACAAGCACAAGGUCAAAGUCACCCAUGGCAUUUAGGACAGCAUCUGCUGUCAUCUGUACAAAUCUAUUUUGAUGAUGAUGUGAGCAUCUCAUCCAUUUUGAGAGCCAGUAUCUGAUCACAAACUGAAUUCGUUCAGCUUUUGUCUGUUACACUAUGCCACAUUGUUAUCUGGCAACUCGAUUAAAUAUUGAGAAUAGCUCAUCAAUAUUUUGGACCUAUUUAGGCAGCUGUAGUGGUUGUUUUAUUUUUUAUCCAAAAUGAUGUUUGCAGACAGAGCGCCAAGGCAAGGUUAUUAAGUAAUUAAAAAACAUCAUUCUGCUAAAACCGAAUUCAUGGUUUCUUAAUGUUGAGAGAUGACAGUAUAUUGACAAAACCUGAUACUUUGCCAUCUGACAGGUUUCCCAGACCACCACACAUAUACAAUAGCAGGAAGAAGAAUGAACGUUAGUUCCUCAGGCAUUAAGAACACAAGACAGUGUUGUGGUUAAGUGGAAGGCUGCAUUUAAGGUGCUUUUGUAUAACAAGUACAAUCAGUGCCGUUUAAAACUGUUCAGGAUUUAAGCUGCAUGGUUGAAUCCACUGAAACUGUACCAACUUGUCAUAUUUUAUUUGUGUUUGAUUGUGAAUGUCUGGUUUGUCAUCUGUGUUUACAUGCUUUGAAAUCUCAAGCAUAAAAUGUGAAAUGUUCCGUCUAUUUUCAGCGUCUGUAAUUUUGUAUCAAAAGCAAGUGUGUAAUGACCACUGAAUGUUAUUGACAUUGAUGGAAUUUAUUACAUUGUUCAUGUUUCUAAAGAAUAUGUAUACAGUAUAUAAAUAUUUGAUGUCUAUUUUUCUGGUCUGAAUAAACUAUUUAUUGAAAGCAC